AUGAGCUUGUAUCAAAUCAAGGGAAACUUGAGGCUGAGUUAGGGCGUGCUCUUAGACAGAAGUGAUGGUCGAUGAUGUCAAAUGGUCGGGUUUGGUUGGAAUUAGAAAAGAAUGCUGCUGUAAUUGAGAAGAAGCAUCACUUGGAACUUGAUGCUCUUUCUGAACAAAUGAGAAUGAAGGAGGAAAAGCAAGAGUAUGAAGAGAAAGCCAGUCAAGGAGCACAAAACAAAAACAAAUUCUCUUCAGACGUCUCUCAAGAGUCCAAUUUAGAAGGAAGAUGCAAGUCCGUGGAGGUCGAUGAUGUUGACAAGUUAGUAUCAACUAACCAGUCUUCAAGCAAGAUGAAUAAGCCCACAUGGAGGAUGGAUCUUCAAGCUCUUGAAGUUUCUUACAAGAUCAAGAGGGCAAAGCAGCAACUGCUUCUGCUUCAGUGGUUAAUGGGAAUGCAAGAAAGUGGAGAAGAUAUAGAGGCAGCUGUAGUGAUAGAAUGAAGGAUUUAUAUUUUUGAUGUCUUUGCUAAAUAACCAAGCAAGCAGGUAUCACUCCCAAUGGAAGAUUGACAAUCUCUGUAAACUAAUGUAAAGCUCAGUUCCUAAUUCAGUAGAGCUGAAGCUUGAACACUAACAUUAGCAAUGAAACAAUCAUGUCUGU